AAUGACUACCUCAGGGAAUGGAAACACAGGACCAAGGAUUACCUGGAUAUGUUCAUGGCAAGGGAGGCUCCUCAUUCAGACAGGGUGUGUUCGUUGUGCGACCGAGAUGGAGCUUAUAGGUGUCACGACUGUUUUUCUGAGCCGAUCUUCUGCAGUGAGUGCUGCCAAACACAGCAUGUCCAACUGCCAUUCCAUAAGAUUAGUCAGUGGAAUGGAGACUUCUUCGAGGAGAGCUCAUUGACGAAAUUGGGCAUGGAGUACCACCUCGGCCAUAGGGGACUCCCAUGCCCGAGGAACACGGGAGGACCUGAAGAGAUCCGUCGGGAGGAAAAGGAUGUAUUUGACAACGAUUCGGUGGAUAUGCCAGCCAUCAAGGAAUUUACUGACGAUGAGGACUCCUCUCCAACUGAUGGUACUUCAGGACACAAGGGAAUGCCCGUCGUCGGGUGCAUCGUGCGGGUAACAGUGGUUGAUAUCAUGGGCAUACAUUAUCUCAUAAUCCGUUUCUGCCAAUGCACCGAUGCUCCCAAUGCGGAGAAACAGUUGUUUCAAAUGGGUUUGUUCCUGGCCUCUUUCACCCAGCCUAGGACCACAUUCACAUUUGCCUUGCUGAACGAUUUUGCGCUUGACAAUGUAGAGUCCGGCACUUCUGCUAUGAACUAUUACAAUAAAUUGCGGCAGAGAACGUCCAGCAUCUUCCCUCACCUAGUACCGGAUAGAUACAGGGAAUUGAUGAGAGUGGCAAGGCAAUGGCGGCAGCUGAAGCUUCUCAGAUGGAAUGGUUUUGCUCACGGAAGAAUGCAUCCCAAACCGGGCGAGCUGGGUCUCUUCUGCCCGACAUGCCCACAACCUGGGAUCAAUGUCAUGCUGCCAACCGAAUACAACAAAAUGAAGCUGAGAUGGCUGUAUGGCUGCUCGUUGGUCAUGGAUGGAAAUUUCAAAGCCGAGCAUCACCACCCGACCAAUCCAGACGAUGAAGUAUGGCUCAUGGACGGCCUUGGGUUCAUGGUCAGUAGGAAAAGGUACAAGGCUCACUUGGCCGUAGCAACGGAUUCAAUGCAAAGGUCUGAGUGCAACAACCACCGGGCAGUGAAUCAGGCCAAUGCAUCUCAGCACAAAUUGGAAGCUACAGGCAUCGGUGGGUGUGCCUGUGCCAGACACGGAUGCUUUGUCCCUCAUUCCAUGGUGGAUUUUCAGAAGGGCGAGAGGCAAAUGAACAUGGACUACGCGCUUUGCAACACUCUCGGUUACAACACUCAAGGAUUGGAAACUGCUUUGACGUUUUACGACGUGAAUUGCCAGUACAACAAAUAUCUAUUGCGUUGGAUCGAGGACAGCCCAUAUUUGGCAAUCCCAUUUGGAAUGGAGGUCAUUCCAGGAAUUGGUCUUUGGCAUGUGCACGGUCACCAGGACCAGUGCUACGUGAGAUACGCUUCGAAUUUUAUCACGGGAGUGGCAAGAAUUGAUGGGGAGAUCAUGGAGACGCUGUGGGCACCUCUCAACAUCAUAUCUCCUUCCUGCCGAGGUAUGUCCACUCCUCAUCGGCAGGAGUGUCUUGACUACCAGAUGAAUGACUGCAAUUUCAUGAAGAUGAUCAGAAUGAGCAUAUUCCUUUGUAGGAAAUACAAAGAAGCCAAGCGAGGUGCUGCCGAGAGCAGCAAAGCCUUCGAAAAAUUGAAUGAGAGCGCGGAUCCCGACACUGUUACAAAAUGGCAAGAGCAAGAAACAGCUGCUAAUGCAUCUCAGGCGGAAGACCCGUCGUCCAUGGAUAUAUAUGAGGUUUGCUUGGAAAAGGUGCCGAGUCGGAAACAAGUGGAGCUCGAUAUCCUGCAAUCUCAAGGGUGUCGACCCGAAGCUCAUCGCAGGCUUGGCGCUGCCACCUGGAUAGCAUCCGGCAUCACCAUUGAGGAGUCCCAGAUAGCUUUGGCCAUAGACAUACGAAAGCUCGGCAGACAUCCUACUGAGACUCAAAAACUGUCUAUCGCCCGUCACAGGGUCGCUUUGCAACACACCAUCGAUGAAUUCAACCUGGCUGCUGAACGAUAUCUUGGUCAAGGUUUUGACGAGGAUGAUGAUGUGCUGGACAUGGAUCUAGCAUUCGUCGACGAUGAUACAGAUGCUCCCGAAGACAAUUGGCAGGAAGUUGGCAUAGAGCCCUUGGAAGAUGGUCCUGCGGCAGUCUUUCGCCCCGAGAUUACCGUCAUUCCUCUUCCAUCAAACAUCGGCUUGGCAUGGUGCGAUGAACUCUCGGUGACAGACCUCGUCGCACAGGAGAUUACCCUGAGAGAAGGACAGGCCAACGAUCUUUUGCACCUACUCCGGGUUCAUCUCGCAGAUAAAGCUGUUCUCUUUUGCACCACAGUUCGUCCAGCUAAAUCGCAGGCCCGGUCAACCAGGGCCUGGGUGCAAGUGCAUUCAGUAGAGCAGGUGAUCAGGCUUAACACCCACAUUUAUACGGAAUGUUGGCAGCAGCUAGUCAAAUUGGAGGCCUUCAGUGUGUUGGAGAAAUAUCGGCUGUUGGACAAGAAAGACUUAAAGACAAGUGCGGCAGUAGCGGACCCAAAUGCCCAGGGGCAGAGAAACUCUACUCUUCCGUGGUUUUGGUCAUUCGAGGUGCAGGCUGAUUCCACCAGCAGCGAUUGGAUGACCGAAUGCAAGUUUUCUAUAUAUGUGAUAUCUUCCUCCUUAAUGUCUCAAUAG